AUGAGGCAAUUAAGACAACACAUUCGCUUUUAUGGACUGCGACAAUCACAUCACCCAGACAAAUUCAAUUGUCUUAUUUCACAGCAAAGAAUUGAGCCGAAACUUUUAACGUUGAAUGAAUCUGGAAAAGCACAAUCUUCACCAUCUUUGAGUAAUCUCACGUACGCAUGCAAGGACAAUAUAGUCACCCGCAAUACCAACAGUACGGCAGCAUCUCAUGCUCUCUAUAACUACAAAUCUCCUUUCGAUGCAACUGUAGUGGAAUUGCUUUCGCGAGAGGGUGCUACGUGUAUUGGAAAAGCAAAUUUAGAUGAGUUUGGAAUGGGCUCAGCGAAUCGCAAUUCCUACUAUGGAGAUGUAGUCAACCCGUUUAGACCAGGUACCGUACCUGGAGGAUCACUGGGUGGCUCAGCUGCUGCAGUAUGCAUACCUAAUGCAAAGGAAAAGAGUAACAGUGAGAAGGAAGUGGGGGUAGGAGAAGAAGUUGGAGAAGCACUUUCCGAUUUUGCGUUGGGUACAGAUACUGGUGGAUCCGUACGUUUGCCCGCGGCAUAUUGUAAUGUUAUUGGGUUUAAACCUACGUAUGGGAGAAUUUCAAGGUGGGGAGUAAUUCCGUAUGCGCAAACAUUGGAUACUGUUGGUAUAUUGGCAAGAAAAGUUGAUAUUGUGCAGAGAGUUUACGAUGUAGUUAACCGUUUUGACGAGAAAGAUCCAACCUCUUUACCUGUUGAAGUGAGAAGCAAGAUUCAAUCUGUGAGUGACGGUCAAGAUGAGUCCCGAAAAUUUGUGAUUGGUGUUCCAGAACAAUUUGUAAUGCGUGAGUUGUCUGAUACUGUGCGAGAAAAAUGGAGCGAGGCAUUAGACAAAUUUGCAAGUUUGGGGCAUAAAGUCAUUAGCAUUAAUUUACGAAGCAUUUGCAAAGCUCUUCCAGCAUAUUAUACAAUAGCUACAUCCGAGGCUGCUUCUAAUUUAGCCAGAUAUGAUGGUACGAGGUAUGGGUAUACCGCAGAGACGCCUGAAAACCACGAACAGGAUCUAAUGCGUUUGAUUUUCCAAAAUAGAACCGAAUCUUUGGGUAAAGAAGUGCAACGACGGAUCAUUUUGGGGAACUAUACUUUGAGUUCAGAAUCUGCCGCAUACUAUAUGAUGGCAAACGAAGUGCGUGAGAAACUUGCACAAGAUUUUUCGUCAUUUUUUACCAAUGAGCAUCCUUUACUUUGUGAUGCCAGCAAAAAGAAACCGAGCGAGCAAUUGUGCGAUUUGAUGGUUUGUCCAACAGCUAUGGAUGUUGCGCCAACGGUAGAGGAGUACUUGAGUCAGGAUAAAGAGAGUAUACUCAACGGGUACGUCAACGAUGUUUUCACAGUUCCUGCAUCGCUUGUUGGUAUACCAACCAUAUCAAUGCCGUUCGAUGGAGUUGGUAUUCAACUUAUGGGACAAUUUGGAGAUGAUGCACUGGUGCUUCAGGCUGCCAAAUUAUUAGAACAAAAUUGA